AUGGCAUUCAGCCUCAGCCGGAAGCAGAGGCUCACCGUCGCGGUCAUCAUAUCCUCCAUCUUCUUCAUGGCCGAGCUCCUUGUCGCCUUCGAGACACGAUCGCUGGCCCUCCUGGCAGACUCUUUUCAUUAUAUCAAUGACAUGAUUGGAUUCGCCAUUGCCCUAUCAGCCAUACAUAAGCUCUCGGAGCGAACACGAGUCCCCCGGAGAUUAUCUUUUGGCUGGAAACGGGCCUCGCUUAUUGGCGCUUUCUUCAACGGCGUAUUCCUCUUGGCCCUUGGUCUCAGCAUCUUGCUGCAGUCCAUCGAACGCUUCGUCUCCGUGCAGACUAUCCAAAACGCCCAACAUGUUUUCAUCAUGGGAUGCGUCGGCCUGGGCCUCAACGUCCUCUGUGUUUUGGUUUUACACGGUGAGGACAGCGCCCAACUGCAGUGUACUCAUUCCUUGACAGAUGACGGCGACGACUGCACCCGCUUGGCGACGCGCCCGGAAGCCGCACCACAUGCCGGCCAUCGUCACAACCUGGCCACCACCACCGCCGACCCCCAGCGUCCGGGCCGUGACCUGGGCAUGCUGGGCGUCAUGCUGCACGUCGCCGGCGACGCGCUGAACAACCUGGGGGUCACCGUGGCCGCCCUGGUGAUCUGGAAGACCGAGUCCCCGGCCAGACACUACGCCGACCCCAGCGUCGGCAUAUUCAUUGCUGUCGUGAUACUCGUCACCGCAGUGCCACUGGUGCGCAAGAGUGGCGAGAUUCUCCUGCAGAGCGCCCCAGACAACGUGGAUCCGGACGACGUGAUACACGACCUCGAAAAGAUCCCGGGGGUCCAAUCAGUUCACGAGCUCCGCAUCUGGCGAUUGGACCAGAGGGAGACGGUCGCCUCAGUCCACAUCAUGGUCGAAGACGAGGAUAUCUGCACGUUCGCAGAGAAGGCCAAGACGGCCAGCGAGUGCCUGCAUGCAUAUGGCAUCCACACCGCGACAAUACAGCCCGAGGUGCCACCACGCUUGCCCUCGGAGCUUCCGGCGGCGCCCCCUGUGUCCGGAACCUCGGGCAGCUCGUCGACUCCGGCUGUGUCAAACAGCCUCAAGCGGUCCCGAGGCAGCUGCCAGCUGCUCUGUAGGGGGUGCCAGCUCGGACCGGACUCCGUGGGCGGCUGCAGAUAG